CUCUCCCAGACACAGCAUGCCUCACCAGCCAGCUGUUGGUUUAUUGCCACAGUACCAUCUUAUCGGCAGGGAAGGCGUGUCCCUUGGCCGGGCUCUGCGCCCCUUUGUCCUCUGGUGGUGGUGCUCAGCCAGCGACAACUCAUGGCGGCUGCACCCGUCAGGCAGCGCCCUGGGCCGGGGGGAUCGCGCGCUCAGCUCCCGCCCUGCUACUACGAAGGCUACCUUGAGAAAAAAGGACCUAAAGAAAAGGCACCCAAGCGACUGUGGACAUGUCUUUGUGGGAAUGCUUUGUAUUUCUUCAAUAAUGCCAAGGACGCUCAUUAUGUGGAGAAGCUGGACCUCAAUGGGUUUGUUUCCUUGAAGGACGAUUGCAGCCGGGACAAAAACCUGGAGGCAGCCAGACUAAUCCUGCGCAUGAAGGAUGGAGAAACCAGAAUAACAGCACCCAAUUUGGAAUCAAGGGAGCUGUGGAAGGGGUUUCUCUACUCUGUCACAGAUCUGAAUGUACCGUCAAGCCUCACGUUGCUGCCUGGCCAGCUCCAGAUGCUGAAGGAGGUGGUGGACAAGGAAAGGUCCAGGCGGAGAAGUCGCACCCCAACUCGAGCACCACCUUCACCUCUCUCUGUCCCUCUAGUAGGAGAGAUCCCCCCGUGUUUUCGCCCCGUGUCUCGUACAGAGGCCGAAGUCCUCCUAGAGAGACACCCUGACUGUGGCAACAUGCUGCUGCGACCUGGAAGAGAUGGAUGCUCACUGGCUGUCACCACUCGACAGGACCUCAACGGGUCUGUAUUCAGACACUAUCGUGUAACACAGAGGGACCAGGGUGGCUAUGUGAUUGACGUAGAAAAUCCGAUUCCUUGUGCAACACUUCAUGAUGUUAUUGACGCCCUGGUGGAGAAGACGGCUGGAACGCUGCAACCUUUUCUCCUUGAGGAACCCUAUGAGGAGAAUAUUACGUACGUAUCUGCCAAUGAUGAGAACGGAGAAAGGAUCCUCCAUACUGCACCCACCAGCCCCCUGCCAAAGGCUCCUGCACUGCCCCCAAAGCAAGAUCGCUGGCCCAGCAGCCCCCUGUCUCGAUCCCCCGCCCCGGACCGCCGAAUCCUGACCUCAUCAGUGCCUGCCUCUCCCACCAACCCCAUGAGACGACUCAUUCUGUCCCCUUCCCCUCUUGCACAAACCCUCAACGAGGAGCUGAAAAUGAAGCUGGAGAAGAGACGAGCCAGCCAGGAGUAACAUAAAAUGACGCGACUCCAGUGCCAAACCCGUUUUCAUUGCAACUAUGUAUUCAUCCUGUGCCUUGUAAGGUGGAACGCAAAAGGCUACAAGCAGCCACUGUCUCAUAGUUGUCAUAGGUGUUGAUGUUGGGCUUUUGUGAUGGUGUGGACACACUGGACUUCAUACUUGAACUGCACAAAGUACUGUUUACUGAGCACAAUAAUAAUUCCUGACAAGUAGGGACCACCAACUGAGCCUGGUGCUACUUCUAAGAGCCAGUGUUUGUGUGCUCAGCAAUCCAACCAGCUGAAGAGCACUAUAACCAGACAGCAAAGAAAACCUACUGUGUUUGUGUGACACCUUUAAUUUUUCAUUUCCUUCUUCCUCUUUGUGUGUGUGUGUGUGUGUGUGUGUGUGUGUGUGUGUGUGUGUGUGUGUGUGUGUUCUGCUGUGACUCACCAAGGGUGCCUGAAAAUCCCAGGUGACUCCAACUGUACUUCCUUUCAAGAAAGUCAUUUACAUGCAAGAACGCCUCCUAGUGGAACAAACUACUAUGAACAAACUUGCACUGCAGUAGUAGUAAACGUUUGGGUGUGCCUUUGGACUUUGUUGCAGUGUGAAUUAUUCAUGCCACACCCUCUCCUCUGCCCUAACUCGACCUUGGAACCUUUUUAUACAUCAGAGGGUGUCUACAUGACCAAUUUAAUUGCACAAAAGAAAUUGGGCAGUACCUGCAAAUCUUAAGUGUGUGACUGAAUAGCCUAGUAAUGGCAUGACUGAAAAUGUUUUUUUUUUUACAAUUCAAAGUUUGUACAAAGUUUGUUUUUGUGAGCUAUUAAGAGCAUUAAAUGGUUUUGCAUGGGUAAGAUUUGUUUUCUCAUCCUGUAUUUGUGAAAGCUGGAUUUUUUUUUUCCAUUCUUGCAACUACAAAAAAAUCCCUGGAAAAAAAGUUGUUUUUAGUGCAAUUUUGCAUGCUUUUUUUUUUUUUUUUACAGCGUAUGAACGCGCAUUGUGUUCAAUGUCCUGAUUGGCUAAGGGAGUACCCGCGCAAUGUGUUCUGCAUCCUGAUUGGCUAAGAGAGAACCCGAGCAUUGUGUUCUGCGUCCUGGUUGGCUGUUGACCAUUGUCACCCAAUCUCAUUCGUGGUGUGUCUCCAGUUUUGUUAAUUGCUAGGAAACAGCUAGCAGUGUGACUCUGAACUCUGUGUUUGCAAGUUUUCUCAACGACAAAACCCACAAUGUCUAAGAAGCGCGCUGCCCAAAAGGCAGGGGAAGAUGCUAACCAUCUCACAAAAAGUUGGACUCCUGGACAUGCUGAAGGAAGGUAGAAGUUACUUGGCUAUAGGGCACCAUUACAGAAUAAAUUAAUCUUCUGUUUGUUACAUAAAGGAGGAGGAAAAUAGCUUAAGGACGACUGACGACUGUUUUAACAAGGAUGCAAAAACGCUACAGUGGAGCAGCGCCAGGACGAAGAGGCAUGGUCAGAGAGGCUGUGAAAUACCCGUGAGUCACGAU